UCUCAACUCUGUGAGACUCGGAUUGUUCAGUUGAUGGGUGUUCAACUUCAAUGUCAGUGUUUCUAAGAAGAAGAAGCAAAUUCAGCCAACAGUACCCGCUGUUUCUCCGCCGCCACUCUCAGUCAGAUGUCUACCUACACCGCCGCUGCCGCUAUCGCUCCGCCGCCGAGAUGGGACGAAGCCCAGGAGGGCAGCAAAAACGAGGUCGCGGAGAACAAGGAUUCCGUCCUACUGGUGGCUCUCUGCCCCUGCCUGGUUUGCUUAAUUCUCCUCCUCAUAGUAAUCUCCAUUGUUCUCAUGGUCAAAUUCCGUUUCUUUUGCCACACCCCACUUCACUCUUUACUCUACAAGAAAAAAUGCUAGCCUCAUCAUCAUCUUCAAUUAUCUCAAGUUUCUCAAUUUCAAUUAAACCCGUUGGUCAUUUGCUACCAAAUAGGGGCUUUUCUAGUGUCACCUCUGAUGGUGAGGAGGAGGAGGAUGGAGGGGUUGAAAAUGAGGGUGCUGACCCGGAGGAGGUUGAUAGGGUAUGUAAGGUGAUUGAUGAAUUGUUUGCAUUGGAUAGGAAUAUGGAGGCGGUUCUCGAUCAAUGUGGUGUUGAAUUAUCCCAUGAUUUAGUUGUGGCCGUCUUGAGACGCUUCCACCAUGCUAGAAAACCUGCAUUUCGGUUUUUCUGUUGGGCUGGGGAGAAGCCUGGUUUUGAGCAUGAUUCCACGACUUAUAACUCCAUGAUGAGUAUUUUAGGGAAGACUAGACAGUUUGAGACUAUGGUAUCGCUGCUCGAAGAAAUGGGAGUCAAAGGACUACUGACAAUGGAAACUUUUGUGAUUGCUUUCAAAGCUUUUGCUGCCGCCAAAGAGAGGAAGAAAGCUGUUGGAAUCUUUGAGCUCAUGAAGUAUUACAAGUUCAAAUAUGGUGUCGAUACCGUGAAUUGCUUGCUUGAUACUCUCGGAAGGGCAAAGCUAGGGAAAGAAAUGCAAGUUCUUUUUGACAAGUUGAAAGGGAGGUUUACCCCAAAUUUACAGACUUAUGCGGUGCUGCUUGAUGGGUGGUGCAGGGUGAAGAAUUUAAUGGAGGCGGGGAAGGUCUGGAACGAAAUGAUUGAUAAGGGGUUUACGCCUGAUAUUGUUACACAUAAUAUCAUGCUUGGAGGUUUGUUGAGGAGUCACAAGAGGUCUGAUGCUAUCAAAUUGUUUGAGAUCAUGAAAGCCAAGGGUCCAUCACCUAAUGUUAGAACCUAUAGUAUUCUGAUUCAGAACUUCUGCAAGCAAAAACAGAUGAAAGAAGCAAUAGACUUUUUUGAUGAAAUGCGUGAAUCUGGGUGCCAGCCAAGUGUUGUGGUUUACACAAGCUUAAUCACAGGGUUUGGAAAUCAGAACAAGAUGGAAAUGGUUCAUGGAUUAUUGAAAGCAAUGAAGCAAGAUGGUUGCACUCCUGAUGGGGUGACCUACAAUGCCUUGAUCAAAUUGAUGACGAGGCAGAGAAUGCCAGAUGAUGCGGUCAGGAUAUACAAGAAGAUGAUUCAAAAUGGAGUUGAGCCAUCAAUACACACCUAUGUCAUGAUAAUGAAGUCUUAUUUUCAGACAAGAAAUUAUGACAUGGGUCGUGCAGUAUGGGAUGAGAUGAUUGAGAAGGGCUGUUGCCCUGAUGAUAACGCAUAUACUGUUCUCAUUGGAGGUCUAAUAUGCCAGGGAAGAACAGGGGAGGCCUGCAAAUAUCUAGAGGAGAUGAUAGAGAAAGGAAUGAAAAUUCCUCAGCUUGACUUCAACAAGUUUGCCGCCGACUUCUCCAAAGCUGGGAAACCUGACAUACUUGUGGAGAUGGCUCAAAAGAUGAAGCUCGCUGGUAAGUUUGAACUCUCCAAUGUCUUUGCUAGGUGGGCGGAAAUGACGAAGAAAAAGAUGUAAGGAAGAGAUCCUGACGAAACUAGUGAUCAAGGAAUCUAUUUUACUUCCCAUGGAUCCAUACAUGAUACUAGGUCUUAAUACGGUAGAGAGGCGUGAACACUGGUAUGCAGUCCUGAGAUUUUUGACAUGGGAGAUUUCGUUAGGGUUGCCAAAACACUGGUAUGCAGUCCUGAGACUUUUGACAAAAUGCUAUUACAUUUAGUUUACAGAGUUAACAUAGGUGUAAUAGACCUUCAUUUCUGUUGGUUUGUAUUGAAUAGAUUUUGAAGUUAUAGUUUGAAUAUGUCAAGAAAUUCCUUGUAUGAUUCUGUUACCUCCCUCCCUUUGUUGUAAUCAAAUCAUGUUGUUAGUGA